AUGUUUCGGAAAGGCAAAAAGCGGCACAGCAGUAGCAGCUCGCAAAGUAGCGAGAUCAGUACUAAGAGCAAGUCUGUGGACUCCAGCCUCGGGGGCCUCUCUCGGUCCAGCACUGUGGCCAGCCUCGACACCGACUCCACAAAAAGCUCAGGACAAAGCAACACCAACUCGGACGCCUGUGCGGAAUUCCGAAUACGAUAUGUCGGUGCCAUUGAGAAACUGAAGCCCCCUGAAGGAGAGAGCCUUGCAGGGCCACUGGACCUGAUAAACUACAUCGAUGUCGCCCAGCAAGAUGGCAAGCUGCCCUUCGUGCCCCUGGAGGAGGAGCUUAUCAUGGGCGUCUCCAAGUACGGCAUCAAGGUGUCCACGUCGGACCAGUAUGACGUGCUGCACAGGCACGCGCUCUACCUGAUCGUCCGCAUGGUGUGCUACGACGACGGCCUGGGGGCGGGCAGGAGCCUGCUGGCGCUGAAGACGGCCGACGCCAGCAGCGAGGAGGUCAGCCUGUGGGUGUACCAGUGCAGCAGCCUGGAACAAGCACAAGCCAUCUGCAAGGUCCUGUCCACCGCCUUCGACUCCGUGCUGACGGCCGAGAAAGCGUGA